AUGGUGAAAAGACGACUUGCCGGCCUGAAAACACGUCUUCAAAGGGAUGAAACCCUGAAGGCUAAAUAUGUAGCAGAAAUGGAGAACAAACCUGAGAAAAUACGCAUAGUGUUCGACUGUGCUGCUUCCUUUGAAGGCACCACCCUAAAUAAACAGGUCAUGCAAGGCCCGGACCUGAUGAAUGACCUGCUGGGCAUACUGCUCCGGUUUAGAGAAAGAAGAGUUGCAAUAGCUGCUGAUAUCAAGGCUAUGUUUCACCAGGUAAAGGUCACCCCAAGGGACCGUGAUGUUCUAAGGUUCUUGUGGUGGCCAAAGGGGGAUUUCUCUGCGAGGCCAAAAGUGUAUCGCAUGACUGUGCACUUAUUUGGAGGUGUUUGGAGCCCCGCAUGUGCGUCAUUUGCUCUCCUAAGGACACUAUCUAAAAUCAAAUUAGCAGAUGUAAAAAGGAACUUCUAUGUAGAUGACCUCUUGAUGUCUGUCGAGAAUGAAGCAACGGCCAUUCACCAGGCAAAGCAGUUGAAGGACCACCUAAAACACAGUGGCUUUCACUUAACUAAGUGGAUGUCAAACUCAAAAAGGGUUAUUACUGCGAUCCCACAGGAGGACAGGAGUCCUCCUGUUAAAGAUAUUGAUCUGACAAAACAGGACCUACCAACUGACAGAGCCUUGGGAGUCCUGUGGAGCCUGGAGAGUGAUGUGCUUCAGAUCAGAGUAACUGUACCGAACAAACCGAUCUCAAAAAGAGGUAUGCUAAGCGUCAUGGGGUCAGUAUAUGACCCGCUCGGCUUGUUAGCCCCAUUCACGGUGAGAGCAAAGAUGAUCUACCAAGAAGAAGUGAGACGUCAACGAGGAUGGGAUGAAGAGCUUAGCUCACAGAAUUCCGUAAAAUGGAAUACAUGGCUCAGUGAACUAAGGGAAUUGGAAGGCUUCUGUGUCAACAGGUGCAUAGUGCCUAUGAAUCUUGGAAAAAUCGGCAGUGUGCAGCUACAUCAUUUCUGUGAUGCAUCCACAAAGGCGUUUGCAGCCGCUUCUUACUUGAGGAUACAAGAUGUGUCGGGCAUCACUCACUGUGCUCUCAUGUUGGCAAGAACAAGACUGGCUCCAAUAAAGACAACCACCAUCCCCAGACUGGAGUUGUCAGCAGCAGUCCUGGCAGCCACAUCAGAUGCAAAAUUGCGGAAGGAGCUCUCUUUGCCUAUUGAUGACUCCAUGUUCUGGACUGAUAGUACUAUUGUUCUGCAGUACAUCAAAAACACCUCCCGUCGAUUCCACACAUUCGUUGCGAAUCGAGUGGGGAUUAUCCACAAAAAUUCAUCUCCCCAACAGUGGAGACAUGUAAGAUCAGAGCUUAACACAGCUGAUCCUGCUUCCAGAGGUCUAUCAGCUAUAGAGUUAAUGCAAAGAAAGGAUUGGAAGGAAGGGGCAGAAUUUCUCCUCUUACCUGAAACCUCCUGGCCUCUUCCACCAGAACUUCCUGGGAUUUCAAAUGAUGAUCCUGAAGUUAAGAAUAUGACAAUAUCAUUUGCAGCUGGCGCAAUUAAAGUCGCACCUGUGGACCCACUGUUUGAGCGAUAUUCCUCGUGGUAUAAGCUGCAGCGAAUUGUAGCAUGGCUACGUAGAUUCUGUUCAGCAUGCAGAAAAAAGUGUUCACACCAGGACUCUAACCUCAGCGUUAUGGAGAUCCAAGCGGCGAGGAUGGUUAUCAUCAGACAAGUGCAAAUGACCUGCUUUGCUGAAGAGUUGGACAUAUCGAAGAGGAGAAAAAAUUUGAAGGCAAGCCGCCUUUAUCGUUUGGAACCUCACUUGGAUGACCAGGGCAUGUUACGUGUAGGUGGACGGAGAGUCGAUGAAUAUAUCGACCAGAAUUCUAAAAGGCCACUGAUCUUACCAAAAGAUCAUCCUGUAACUGCCUUAAUAGUUCAAGACAUUCAUGUGUUCCAUGCGAGGCACUCUGGCAGAGAACACACCUUAGCAGAAUUACGGAGGAAAUAUUGGAUAGUGGCGGGUAGGCCUAUAGUCGGCCGAAUACUACGUAACUGUUUCACCUGCCGGAGAGUAAAUAGCAAACCCCUGACUCAGAGGCAAGGAGAUUUACCUGUUGAACGAGUUACACCGUGGCACCCCCCUUUCUACCACACUGGAGUGGAUUGUUUUGGCCCAUUUCAUGUAGUAUGUAAAAGACACACAGAGAAGCGAUUUGGUUGUGUCUUUACAUGCUUCAGCACCAGGGCUGUCCAUAUUGAACCCUUGAAGUCUCUAGAUGCUAGCACCUUUCUCAACGCACUUAUGUGCUUUAUAGCCCGUAGAGGAACCCCUAUGAAGAUCUACUCUGAUAGAGGAACAAACUUCUUGAGGCUGAAAAGGAGCUCCGAGCAACAGUUCAUGCCUGGUCUAAGAACAAAUCCAUUGAUGACACAUGUAAACAGAGGGGCAUUGAGUGGGUUUUCCAACCCCCUGCAGCAUCCCACAUGGGAGGCGUGUGGGAACGGCAGAUUCAAACCAUACGGAAGAUUCUCUCUUCGAUCAUAG